UUAUCAAUAGAUUCCCACAGGUACCAUUAAAACCAGUACAAUUCCCAUUAUAACCAUUAAAACCAUUAGAGAUUCUAUUGUUGUUGUUUUCAGGUUAUUAUUACACUGAAGUUUGGAUGUGGAGUCAGGACACACACUCAACCACCCCGGUUUCUUUUUUCUUUUUCUUUUUUUUUCACUCCUCCACUGUUUGAUCUCAGGUUUUUUUGGAGAAAGCGGGGGCAGAUGCUCCCUCCUCCAGCGCGACACAGACCUGAUAUUCAGCAGCUCAGCUCGUCCCCCUCUCCUCUCCUCUCCUCACUUCAGGACACUUUCUCCAGCCCAACACACACACACACACACACACACACACCUCACAUGCCACUGGACAUGAACACACAGGCUGACUGGAUAAUGUUUAGGAUCUGCAGCUUUCUGUGCGUCUGCGUUCUCCUGCUCACAUCCAGCGCCUGCGCUCAGACACACCGGCGACAGUCAUUUCCAUGUGGAGGCAACAUAACGGGAGAUUCAGGAGUUAUCGGUAGCCAGGGUUAUCCGGGAGUGUAUCCUCCAAACACCAAGUGUGUGUGGAGAAUCACAGUCCCGCAAGGCAAAGUAGUGGUCCUCAACUUCCGCUUCCUCGAUCUGGAAAGCGACAACCUGUGCCGCUACGACCACGUGGAUGUUUAUAGCGGGCAUGUGAACGGGCAGCGUCUGGGCCGCUUCUGUGGGACCUUUAGGCCUGGAGCCCUCGUCUCCACGGGGAACAAGAUGCUCAUUCAGAUGGUGUCGGAUGCCAACACCGCCGGCAGUGGCUUCCUGGCAGUGUUCUCCGCCGCUAACCCUCACGAACGAGGAGAUCAGUAUUGCGGAGGGCGGUUGGUGAAGCCAUCGGGAACCUUUAAGACCCCCAACUGGCCAGAAAAAGACUAUCCAGCAGGAGUCACAUGCUCAUGGCACAUAGUCGCACCGAAAAACCAGAUUAUAGAAGUGAAAUUCGAGAAGUUCGACGUUGAAAGAGACAACUACUGCCGCUACGACUACGUCGCCAUCUUUAACGGAGGGGAAAUCAACGAUGCUAAGAGGAUCGGGAAAUACUGUGGAGACAGCCCACCAGCGCCGGUGUUCUCUGAGGGUAAUCAGCUUCUCAUCCAGUUCCUCUCAGACCUCAGUUUAACAGCGGACGGCUUUAUCGGCCACUACAGAUUCAGGAACAAGAAGAUCCCAACAACAACCAUCGCCCCAACCACGACCACUCAGCCCAUCACCACCAGACUCAUACCGUUGAAGUAUUCAGCAGCGCUCUGUCAGCAGAAAUGCAAGCGAAAAGGAAGUCCCGAGAGCCAUUACUGCUCCAGUAACUUCGCCAUCACAGGGACGAUUAUCACAGCAGUGCCGCGUGGAGGAAGCAUGCACACGACAGUCUCCAUCAUCAACAUCUAUAAAGAAGGAAACCUCGCCAUCCAGCAGGCUGGAAAAACCAUGAGCACUAAAAUCCUUAUCCUGUGCAAGAAAUGUCCUUCUGUCAAAAGAGGCUUGAACUACAUCUUCAUGGGCCAGACGGACGACGAGGGCCGCGGCCUGAUCACUCCACACCACUUCGUCAUGGCCUUCAAGACCAAGAACCAGCGAGCGUUUAACGUGCUGAAGAACAAGCGGUGCUGAUCGCGCUCUUCCCGCCAUCUUAAUCUGUCUGGUCAAAACCCUGAAAGUGAUUUCCUCCAUUAGGCUUUAAAAUAAAUAAAUAAAUAAAUAAAUAAAUUUUUUUAUCAGGACCAAUCAGCAAUCUGUAGGCGGAGAUAAUGGAGAAGUAGUAACGACAAGAAGUGUAUAUAAUAAUAAGGAAGGAAAUCAGAAACGAUGACGGCCGCCCUCCAGUGCCAACGCGGAAGGCGAGACUGAAUCCCGCUUUCCUCCUUUUCACGGACAGCGCGCCCUUAAUGACCGCGCAAUUAAUAAAAACUCCACCCGCCGGGACUAGAACUGCAAAAACUGUCAAAGUUGAAGUUGUAAAGUUGGAGUUUUGUCUCUCACUGCCCUGAAAUCAGUAGCACGUUGACUUGCGGUUGUUGUUUUUUUUUUAAAAAUUUUUAUUUUAAUGUUCAAUACCUACAAAGGUCAAUCUGUAAUAAUGACAAGUAAUUUCUGGUAUAUUUUUUGCAUGUUAAAUAUUCAAGAUAUUCAAAAACCCUUAAGGUUAUCACACGGUAAUUUUCCAGCACGAACAUUAUUAAUUACACCAUGAUCUGUCUAAAUGCUCGAUUCUGAUUGGCUGGAAGGCGUGCGUUCAAGCCGCUUAAUGCACCGGUACAUGCAGUCAGUUUAAUCACCGUUCUAAAUGAAUGCGCUGACGAUAAACAGUUGUAACCAUGGUAACCUCGGUGUGCAUUACACGAUUUUAAUGCACUCUGCUUCGCUUCGGGUGCUUCUUAGCCUCCAUGUCGUGCAUUAAAAUCGUGCAAUGCACACCUAGCCGUGGAUCAUCCCUUACUCAAAGAACGUAAACAAGUCAUGACUAAUAAGAAUGUUACAAAGCCUUGAAAGUCUUGAAGACUUUCCUGCUGUGGAAAAUCUGUGGGAAAAAGUUAUAGCUGUUACAAAGCGCUGACACUGGAGACUCCUUCCGUAAAUGAUAAACCUCACCAUAUCAACAGUUUUUCUUUCUUAAAUAACAACGUGCUUUCUAAUACAAGUGGAAACGUUAUGGACUAUUAGGACGAGCACGAAUCAAGACCGAGCGUAGAUGAAAUCAUUGUUGGGAUAUUUUAUAAACGAUGUGUACAAAAUUGAAUAAUGAUACAGAUACAAAAUAUGUACCAGAAAUGACUUGUAAUUAUCGAAUACCAGGUGCUCAGCGUACCAUCACGUAAAGCGCGGUGCCUAAAUUUUUUGUUCUGGAAAGUUCUGGAUAAAUGACAAAAAAAAAAAAAAAAGCAUUAAGACUUUGCGAUUAAGACUGCUGGUGUAUUGAAAUGUGAAUCCUGGACAGUUCGGCGUCAAGGCUAAAAUAUCUGUAUCCAAGGAAUUUAUUAGCUUGAUGCAAGCCAACAUUCUUCCACUGUGAUUUCUUCAGCAUGCCAUUCAGAUCCAUGUUCUCCACCGUAACAUGCACGUUAAUGCAAGCUUACCGCUACAUUUUUUUCUGUACAGUCUAGAUUAUAGGACGGGAAUUUUUUAUUCUUUUCUUUCUGUAGAUAUCAGAAGUGUGGAGAAAAUCCAAGGUGUUAGUGUUGCAUUUUUCAGCCAGACGAGUGUUUACUAUGUACGUUUGAUUUCCUUCGUUCAACAUGGCUGAAUGUACAAAAUCUGAGGUGCAUAUCAUGUGGUGACUAAAGUGCAAUAAUUUAGUAGCGGGAAAAAAAAAAAAAAAAAAAAAAAAAAAACGGUUUCAUUCCGAACGCAUAUAAAAUCAUCCUGUAGCGCGUGGAGGUGUCGAGCGGAGACGUUUUAUCCGAAACGAAAUUCUCAUUAUGAAAUAUUUUCCUAUGGAACUGAUUCCUGAUAGUGAAUGUUCAUUUAUAAAUGAUUGUUUUGUGACGAUAUAAAAUAAAAAAUAAAAAUAAAUAAAAAAAUCAUGAUCUGUUUUUGUUGCGAACUUCAUACCGUUUUUUCAACACGGUGUCAAAUUUGUAACAGGUUCCCCAAGUGAAUUUUGCUGAAAUGUUAGAACGCUUAAGAUUAGCGUUAGUGGCCAAUCACAUGCUCGUACAUACGAUGUUAAAAAAUCGUGCACGCUUGACAUCGACGAUCUCUCUCUGUCUACAUGAAUUAAUUCUGAUUCUCUUCCAUUGUCCGCCAUGCCGUAUUCAACAAGAGGUCGAAUUCUGAGGCAUAAAACUUCCCUUUAAAUGACUGAAUGAUGGUUUUAAUGCAUUGUUGAUUACUUCAAAACAAAAAGCUUAGUUUGGUACGACUGUAUUAUUAGAUAAAGUCUGAUUUAAACUUGAUCCAGGUUAAAUCUUUCUUCUUUUUUGCUUCAAGCCUGUCUGAAUGGUCAGGUUUGUAGGUAUACAAGGCUAUUAAUUUAAUGUAUAAUCCUUUUUAGUGUAUAAAGGACUUGAAGUGGACUGAUCCAUUGC